AGCACUUCUGUAAGAAAACACCGAUAUUCCUAAUCUAUUUUCAUUUACGUUGCACAUGGUCAGAGUAAAGAUGGCGGCGAAUGUGCCCGUUGUUGCAGUUCGGGGAUCAACGGGCAUUUCAAUCAGUUUGGGUCCACCCAGUUAUGAUCUUGUCUCAUCGUUUGCAAGAGAGGACAGCAAAACAUGCAGGACUAUGGCAUUCGAUCCAACAGGAAAAUACUUUGCCUGGGCGAACGGAACAUGUGUGAAGAUUGCCAGCACAAACACGUGGAAAGUGUUGGCAGAAAUUCCAAGACCAAAAGUUUCCAAUAUCACCUUCUCACCAAAAGGGACAUACAUCAUGACUUGGGAGCAGUACAUGGUUACCCCAGCAAAUCCACAGGGAGGACCAAAUCUUUACAUCUGGAAGUCGGACACUGGAGAUUUAAUAAAAGAAUUUGUGCAAAAGAAGCUUUCUGGCUGGGAACCACAAUGGAGCCAGGAUGAGAAGAUAUGUGCCCGAAUUGUGAACAAUGAUGUUCUUUUUUAUGAAAAUGCUAAUUUUAAUGCAGUUGCAAAUAAGAUUCAUAUUCAGAAGGUGGAAAACUUUAGUCUUGCUCCUGGUACUCCACCAUACCACGUCCUCUGUUAUUGUCCUGGAAAAUCUGGACAACCAUCCUUUGGCAGACUAUUUCAGUAUCCGAAAUUUGACAGCAACAGUUCCUUAGCAAACAAGAGCUUCUUCCAGGCUGAUAAAGUUGAAAUGAUGUGGAAUAAGAAAGGAAAUGGUGUGCUGCUAAUGACAAGUACAGAGGUUGACAAAACAGGAUCCUCAUAUUAUGGAAAACAAGCUCUUCAUUUUAUCAGCACUAAAGGCGAAACUGCGAUGGUUUUGCUUAGUAAAGAAGGUCCAAUUUACAGUGUUGAGUGGAGUCCGAAGGGCAAUGAAUUCUGUGUUAUUUAUGGUUUUGUUCCUGCGAAAGCUACUUUAUAUAAUAUCAAAUGUGAACCAGUAUUUGAUUUUGGCACAGGACCUCGUAAUUGUGUGCAUUACAAUCCUCAUGGGAAUAUUCUUUUGCUGGGAGGCUUUGGUAAUUUGCAAGGCUAUGUAGAUAUCUGGGACACACAAGCAAAGAAGCUGAUAACAAAAAUGAGUGCCCCUGAUACAACAUUACUCUUAUGGUCGCCAGAUGGUGAACAUUUCAUGACUGCCACAACUGCUCCACGGCUCAGAGUGGGCAAUGGAUUUAAAAUAUGGCACUACACUGGUUCAUUGUUGUAUGAACGCCCUUGGAACAAACAAGAAGAAUUAUGGGAGGUCCUCUGGCAGCAGUUUCCUCAAGGAGUAUUUAAGGAACCUCCAAUCAGUUACAAACCUGUAGAAGGAAUUCAGCCUAGCCAGACUCCAGCCUCAACUCAAGUAUACAGACCGCCAUCAGCUCGUGGCAGGGAGAGCAACUUUCGGCUACAUGAAGAUGAACCACCAACCAACCUUAAACCAGAGUCCAACCCAUCCAAAGCUGCCUUGAAACAAAAAAAGAAACGAGAAGCCAAGAAGGCACGGAAAGAGCAAGACAAUUCUCAGGUUGUUACAAAUGGAGAAUCAGCUCCAGUAACCUCACACACAGUGAAGCUUCCACCUGCAAUUGCAGAAGUAGAAAUGCCCGACGAUCCCGAGAAAAGCAAGAAAAUCAAGAAGAUAAAGAGUAAGCUGACUGAAAUAUCACGCCUGAAGGAGCAACGUGCUGCAGGUCGCCAGCUGGAACUCAAUCAGCUCGAAAAGAUUAAAAAGGAAGAUGAGCUGCUCAAGGAAUUGCAGAGCCUCAUCUUGUGAUAGUGGACCAGUGGUUACAGUUUGAGGGCUUCCGACAUGACAAAACGAUAUACGGCUCGGGUUGUGCAAUCUCAAAAUGUUGCCAACUCGUAAACAAAAAGUUCCCGCACAGUUGAAAGCAAACAGUACACCUCCAAACUUAUGUAAUUGAUUUCACAUCAAUAUUGAGCAAAAAUGAACUGUCAAUUGCUUUGCCUGACUCAUCGCUGCAGUUCAGAAAGUAUUUUUUUGUUUGUGUAAUUAUUUUUGGAUAUCUAAUUGUGUUAUAGAAAAAGCUGGAAAAUCAGUCUUCUUUUAUUUUCUUGAAGAGGUAUGUAUGCAGUUUAUACUUGGUGCUUUGAUGUGAAUUACUUUGCCUGUUGUUUGUGGACGUAUCAGUAUAAAUUUUCUUUUGUGAUAUAGUGAAUAGUGUUGUUAUGGGACUUAGCUUUACAUUGAUUUGAAAAGUAAUGUUCAAACAAUGUAAAGAAUACAUGAAAUGGAUUAAAAUUAUACUAUAUUAUUACUGAUUGGGUGGUGCUACAUAUUCUCUAUGAGAGUUACACAUUUUAUUAUACUUUAAUGAAAAUUUAUAUGUACAUAAUUUUACUCUGAAGUUUAGAAACAAAUGACCUGAACAAGAAUAAAAGUGAGUGUGUAACUGAGUAAUUUUGGAUGUGAACAACUAAGACCAAAACAAAACAUUUGUGGAGCACAUUCAGUAGUAGAACAUAGUCAGGCAUUUGGUCUAUGUUGGAAUUGCUUAUGCCGGAUCAAAAUGUGAAAUUUGUAUGAUACAUGGAAAUAGAUAAAUACAGAAAAGAUUCCUUUAUAUAUUACUGAGGAGUGUAUUUUGUCAAUGUCAAGCUGAUUCGUCACGUAAUGAUCUUUUUAAGAUGUAUUUAAGUACUGGAACAGUCCAUUAAAACAAAUAUAAAUUAUAGCUGUUAGAUAUGUAUAUUAGCUGACAAGAAAUAUGAAAAAAUUACAGUAGGAAAACUUAUUUAUGUACUGUCCUAAAUGUAAAUCUAAAUUCAGAUUCUGUGUCCUCAUGUAACUUUCUAUAUGAGAGUAUAAUAGUAAUUUUCCUGUAUAAAGUCUAGAGCUUGCUCUAUGUAUUUUGUUCAUUUUGUGAUAGUAAACAAAAUUUCUGAUCAUGUUAUUUUGCCCAGUUUGCAAACAUAAAUGUAUACUGGAGUGCUUAAUUUGUAUUCUGAAUUUUGUGAUUGGUAUUACUUUAAUAGCUCAUUUGAACAUAGAAAAAGGCAGUGACAUUCAGUUGUUUAUCAGUGUUGCAACAUACAUAUGUCUUCAUAUGAAUAGUAGCUUAAAUAAGUUCAUUGCAAAAUAUAUUUUUAUAUACAUAUAUAUCUAUAAAUAUGAUGUGUAUAGAUGGCGUUGAUGAGUCCAUGAACAUAGUUAUCUAAGCGCAGUUUUGUUUCUUUUCAGAUUUAAAAUUUUUGAUGUAUUAUAGUGAAUCCUCAAACUGGAAAAGAAUAUAAAACAAAAUAUGAUAACAUCUUGUCGACAUUAAUUGUCAACAGUUUCAAAGAAACUGUGUUAUGUUCGCAUGUGAAACUUCUCACCAUCCUUUGGGUUUGAAUAAAAUAUCUGAUAAUGAACUUUGCAAUUGCUUUGCCAGAUUAUUGUUUAUUCUUCUUUCUUCUUCCUCUUUUUUUUAUGUAUAAAAUUUUCCAUAUUGUAAUUUGGAAAUUGAUACAUUAUGCAGUACAGUAAUUAUGGUUGCAAGUGACAGAAAUUAUGUACCUAUUAUGAUUAUUUAAACGGCUGUGUGACAUUUUAUGUAUAUUGAGUGGGCAUGUUAUGUACAGGAAUUGUGUUAAAAUCAGCACUUAAUUAAAAGAAGGCAGUAAAUUGGAGUAAUUUUUUUUUUUCAGCAAGUGUUACUAAUACUUUUAUAUAGAAAGUGGGCAUAAUUUAUGUAAUUGGUGCUGAUUUACCUUUGUUUCCUGCAUGCUGCAUUUUUUUUAUUAUUGUUGUGAAAAGAAAAUUCAAAUAAUACUGCUGUAUGCAAGACAGCUGAGGGGUAGGUACGUAAUCAAUACGAAUUUCAGAACAGACUUUUUUUUUACAUUAAGAAUCUCAUUCAUAACUUCUUUGUACUUCAGGAUCUGAUGAUGCUCUAUAAAAAUAAAAAACUGAUUUGCAGUGUAUGUUGUCCAGUAUAGUAUUCCAUUACCUAUUGAAAUGACAAUAUAUUGUCAUUUUUACAGUCAUCACACAGUGUCACUUGGUAAGGACAAAAAUUAAAAAAAAAAAAUUAUGUACUGAACAAACACAUUGACACAUCAGUGUUUCCAUUUUUAUUUAACACUAUAAUAUUUGUUUGUGACAGAAGUGUUGACUCUGUUGCCUCAGUGCAGUAUGAUUUCCAUACUUCAUAGCUGAAAUAAUUGCUUUUAGUGUACUCUUACUGCUGUUAAGUGUGCUUGUACAGUCUGCUGUUAUGAAGGGGUUAUGAUUUUUGAAAAUAUGUAAUUACACUUAUAUUGGAAGAGAUUUUAGCACAGUUACUUGCCUAUUAUGUUCCUUUUAUGUAGUAUUGUUCUGUAGUGGAUUACAACCAAAGACCUGUUAAGUAUAAGUGCUAUAGAAAACUGACUGUGUUUUAAUUAUACAGUCUUAUGCCAUUUCUCUCUGUUUCUUUCAGUUCUCAAAAUUAGUGGUUGUAUAGAUCAUCCACAUUUGGCUGCUUUGAAAACAGAAUUCUUUUAUUUAAUAAUGCACAAAUGUCACAGAUGUGAAUCAAAAACUAAAGUUAAUUGCAAAUUUGACAUUGACUUCUUUUUAAAUAUAUGUGUGUUUUGAAGGACUUAUAUACAAUAGUAAGGUCUAGCAGAUGGUUAGCUGUGUUUUAGGAAUACUGUCACAAAAGCAGUUACAUGAGAGUGUUUCAGCUUUUCACCUUUUAUUACUGUGAUGGUGAAAUUUUUUUCUUCAAUGGAGUACGGAACGUAAUGUUACAUAACUUUAUUCUGAAAGUUUUGUGGUUGUUUUCAAGUGGAAUUUUUUUACCAUACAAAGACCUACAUGCCUCUAUUAUGUUAUUACAGCAACUUUUUGACAACUUAAAAAGUGUGAUGAUGUCAUUAGAUCUUUACAUAGUUGUAAUUGCACAAUAUAUUGUUACAACGAGAUGGUAAUGUAAUAAGGGCUUAUAUUUAUGAAUAUUCUAACAAUGAUCUAACAGAAAAAAGGCUGUAAUAAAAUUAUGUGAGCUGCAUUGUGCAUUUGUUGACAUAAAACCAGAGCAUUUAUUUGCCAAAAUGAAUUGUGUGUGCAUGUUCUAAAAUUAUUUAUCUGUGCACUGUGAUUGUGAAUACUACUAACAUGUAAUGUACAUGUACAAAUCAUAUGAGCAAGAUUCAUGAAAGAAUAAUAUACAGGACAGUAUUCUGAUGACAAAAAUUAAUCGUUUGUUCAUUUUGUAUGCUCAAAUGACCAAUACAGCAAUCUAGCAAGAAAAUUAA